AUGCUAGCAAGCGCUAGGGGGAGUCCCAUAAAGAGACGAAAAGAGGACUGGCUCAAUUCGGAACGCUGGAACAACAAUAAGAAGAAGAAGAAGAAGAAGAAGAAGAAGAAGAAGAAGAAGAAGAAGAAGAAGAAGAAGAAGAAGAAGAAGAAGAAGAAGAAGAAGAAGAAGAAGAAGAAAGGAACUUGGCAAAGAAGAAUGCAUGAGGAUAUGCUCCCCUGA